ACUGUGAAAACACAUUUCAAACAUGGCAUCAUUACGGAAAGCAAGUAAAUCAAGUGCUCGUACAUACAAGGAGAGGAGUCAGCCUUCCAGCAGAGCCCAUCUUGGAUUUCUGGAGAAGAAGAAAGAUUAUAAAGAAAGAGCAGAGGACUUUCAAAGAAAACAGAAUACUCUGAAAGUUCUGAAAAGAAAGGCAUUAAAUCGCAAUCCAGAUGAAUUUUAUUUCAACAUGGUCAAAACACAAAAAGUGGAUGGUAUUCAUCAAGAGAAAGAGGAGACAGAACCAAUCCACACAGAAGCUGAACUCAAGCUUAUGUUUUCACAGGACCAGAGAUAUGUUACCAUGAAGAGAACGUCAGAACUGAAUAAAAUUGAACGAUUGCAGUCCAAUCUCCAUUUGAUGGACAAUGACACAGCACCUAAAAAUAAACACACAGUUUUUGUAGAUACAGACAAAGAAGUGAAAGAAUUUGAUGCAGCCAAAUACUUUGGGACUCACCCUUCCCUGGUCAAUAGGAGAUAUAACAGACCAACACUGGACAGUCUAAAGAAGAUGGAGAUACGGGGAAACUUAAAUGAGGAGGAUCUGAAGGCAGUAUCAAAGCAAAAACAGCAGAGAUAUCAAGAGCUGGUCAAACGAAUAGAGAGAGAAAAAGAACUCCAUGUAAUACAACAGAAGAUGGAAAUGAAGAAACAUUUAAUGGAUAAGAAAGAAAAGCGUACAAAAUUGCAAGAGGAGACAAAAACAUCAGCUCCUGUCUACAGGUGGCGCCACAAAAGAAAACGAUGAUUGGCU